UAGUCAUCAGACCAAAGUACGAUACCUCAUAACAGAGCUUGUGUGAAGCCAGCAGGUUCUCUGUCACUCUAGAGUAAAGAAGCGAUACACAGCACUAAACAGAAAGAUGAGCUACACAGCUGAGGAGCUUCUGAUCAUCUACGAGGCAGAAGCAGAACAGUGGGCUACGUACCUGCGCUCCAUCUUCACUGGUCCCAUCCAGGAGGGUGGGAUCUGCUGCUACGAUAUUGGUGCCGUGUCGAGCCGGCGGGUGGACUUCCUGUGUUUAGUCGGGUACAAAUGCAAGCUCCUGAUUCUGUCUAAGGGGAUGCUGGAGAAUAUGUGCCGACUUCGCCGGUUCCUUCUGGCCCGCCUUCUCUGUCCGGCAGCAAGCGUCGUGGUGCUCCUUUGUGGAGUGGACAGCCUGGCUCCUCUCCUUGAGCUGGUGCCCCUGAAGGGGGGCGAGUGCCUGCAGAUCUCCAGUGAGCAGGAUGUACAGGAGUACCUGUCGGCUGUGACAGAAAUCGUGUACAGAGGUGCUCCAUCUCCAGAAGUGAAUCCCAGUCCUGCCACGCCUGGGAGAUUCCCUGGAACAGAACCAACUCUGUUGAGAAGGCAGUCCAGCAAAGCUCCCAGUGUCACAAACAACAUUGUGGUUGUGCCUUCCAGAGUCGCCUGUGGGGGUCCCGGAGAGGUGUUCAUUCUCUUAAAAGACAGCGUACUCAAUAACGAUGUGGAGGUGGAGUUCCUGGGAAGGAGUAGAAGAGUGACAGUCAAAGCUGUGCUGUGGAAUGAUCUGACCCUCUGUGUGACGGCAGCAGACUUCCCUGUAGGGUGUGUUGACAUAACUGUGUAUUGUGGCACAUUGGCAAUUGGCAAGACUCAUUUGCAGUACUACAGCACUAUGGAGGAAAUAGGCCACCUUCUCGCAAAGGUGGCAGACCCUGUUGAUUUCAUGUGCCAGGCACUACAGGUGUCCUCAGGAGAGAUGCUGGAUCAGAGGCUGUCUUCCAUCUUGGUGGAACGCAUGCCUUCCAGAGGCUUCCAGGGCCUGCAGCCUGAUGGCACACCUGAGACAGAAACACACCAAGAAAUACCUUCGCUCCUCCACUUUGCUGCAAAAAAUGGAUUCAAGGAUGUGUGCAGUGUACUGCUCCAGUGCCCUGGGGCGAAGACUGCUUUGCACACUCCUAACUCUCACGGUCAGACACCGCUUGAGCUUGCCCAAAGUGAAGGUCACGCUGAACUGCAUAUUCUUUUGAAGGAAACACUAAAUCUCAUCACGGACGAAGACAACGAAGAGUCCGGUGUGUAUGAGCACAUGCAGAGGAGGACAGCAAGGGCCCAACGUGAGGAACCAGGCGACCUGGAUGAAGAUGAGGAGGACCCGUACGCUCUGCUCGGGAUAAAUGACGAAGAGUAUGAUACAAUCUUGGCCCCGAGCCACAACAUGGUCAUUGCCAACCGCCCACCUGCACCCACACCCCGUCCUGAGACCACCCCAACGAAGGAGGACCUGACUCCCUUCAUCGCUCAAGUUUUCCAGAAGAAGAUGUCACAGAGUGACUCUGAAACUCUGUAUUCGUACCCCACAAAGCAGGUUUCUUUUUAUCCAUGUGUAUCACGAGGGGAAGACAACAUUUCCUGUACAUAUGACACAUUUGUGCCAAGUCACCCACCAGGCCUGGAGCAACUCAUAGAGCUGCAGGAGAAGGUCAAGCGAGGUUCACUAACUAUGGAUGAGGCUCUUGAACAAUUCAGUGACUGGCAGCGAGUUCAAAAGGGCAUGGAUGCGAUUCAGCAGCAGAAACUCCGUCAGCUCAGAGCGAGCAUCAUCAACAACAGAGAAGAUGACCAGAGUAUCUAUGAUAAAAUCAGCAUUAUUCAUCAUACACCAGAUGUUAAGGAAUGUCGACGAGGAAGCCAGCCCGUGGAAACAGAAUUUUACAGCAAGCCGCUUAAAGGACAAAAUUCAAAUUUAUUGUGGAAAGCAGAUAAACGGUGAAGAUGGGAUUGGAAUGUAAACUAAUAGGAAGUUCACCAGCAGCAAGGGAUGGAUUGCCCUGAUCUACAUAAUAUUCACAUGCUGUAUGAUAGAUGAUAUAUGUCACACUCAUCCAGCACACCAGAGCUGAAUGCCGGCACUUUAAAUCUGCAUUUAUUUUAGUAUAGGUCAAUGAGUGGGUUUUUGAGUGUUUUUGUUUUUUCCAACACAGACCACACACAAGAGAAUGCACUCAAAGGCCAAACACAAGAGACUGCGUAGGUGUUAUAUAUUUCUUGACUGCUGGCUGUUAACCAAAGAGCACCUGGGGGAUUUAAAGACUUACUCUUGUCUACUCUACUCUAUUCUAUUGCUCUCAACAUUCAUGACAGCUUGUAGGUUGUCCUCAUGUCCACAGUAUUACACAGUAUAGAGGUGUCUCUGUUUCAGAACUUGGUCUUCUACAGGUAGCCUGAGGCAAGAAAAGCCAGAACACCUGGUAACCAAAUCUCUUCAAAUGAAUUUUUUGUGAUUCACCUCUUUAUUUGUUUUUGACACUAGUUACGCCAGUUUUAAACCCUCAUAAUGAUGCAGGAGUGCAUGAUCAUCUAUUUUUAUAAAACGUUCAUUGUUGAAUUAAUAAAACUCAUUAUUCGCUUUGCAAUGGGCGAGUUCUUACAGGCAAAUGUUUGGCAGGACUGAGAGGGCAGUGCAGCAUAUUGCGGGAAUAUUUCCUCAUCAUUUGCAUGAGCUCUCCCGACUGUUUUAAUGGUAGAUUUGCAUUCUCAAGGAGGCCCCCUCUAUGUGUUAUGUUGUCCUUUAUUUUGUUCUUCUGUCUGUGUCCCUUUAUUUAACCUGCCCGGGUCACAUACUGCAUGCAAAUCCUACCUGUUCCAUAGGCUCCCCCAGAACAUUACUCAGUACCAGGAACUCAUAGAGCUGUCAAAGUGACAGAGGGUGUUCCCUGGUGAUGGGUGUUAGGUGGCUGUGGCCUCCUGUUAGGGCUGUCCGAAACCCUGUGUGCUCUGUUUUCACUGUGGCACAUGUGUCACCUUUCUUUUACUGGGUUGUCAGGGGUUGAUCCCUUUUGUCUGAUAGCUCUUAUAGUGCUUGGACUAGGACCACAAACACAGGCAACGGUGCACUAUGCUCGUCCCUUGUGUUAGCUAUGCUUGCAUUGGUACCUGGUUGUCCCUAUGGCCAAGGAAGCUGGUUCUAGCAUAGCAUUGCCAGGCAAUCAAAUUUCCCUUAAGCAAAUGCAAUGGUUAGGUUACGAGGGGUGGGUCCGAAAUAAGUUACCAGGCUUUGUUACCAAGGCAACACUGGUAUACCACUGCCAUUCAUAGAACUGGAGUUACAUAACUGACGUUAGUGUACAUAACAUCAUUAGUCAUUCAGGUGGUUCAUUACUGUAUGCUUCAGCAAACGUCUUUGAAAAAAUAUCAACUCUAAUUCUAAAUUUACCGUCCACAUAUUUUCGCAUAAACAUAGACAACAUUACUGGUCUGCGGCACCUGCCUCAGAAUCAUACUGUACCAACAUUGCAUGGCCAUACACUAACUCAUGUUUUCCACUUCUAGGAUAUGCCGUCAAACAAGAUUGAAAGACCGUGAUGAACGUUUGCUGAUUGGUUUACUGUAUCAGUUUUGUUUGUGUGGCAUUUUACUAUCAAAUACAUUUACUGCACAUUUUCUUUUUUUAAGCACAUUAUACAUUUUUGUAUACUCUUAAACAUGAUUAAUAAAUGUAGUUUAUAGAGUU